UUUGACCUGAUUUUACGUUUUUACUUUAAUUUCCCCCACAUACAGAAAACUAUAAUUAACUGCAAACAAAACGGUGAAGAACGUUCUGCAUCAUUCGCCCCUCUCCCUCUCUCUCUCCAGGGCAUUUUCUCUCUCCAAUUCCCUCAUUCAGCUUGGAUUCGACAAUCCGUAGGUUGUAGAUUGGAUGGUACAGAUUCGACGAUACAUCUACGUAUAUAUUUACAUACACAUAAUUGUUUUGGCGCGUGGUUGGCACAGUGAAGGGGAAGAAGAAAAUCAAGGGUUAGGUAUGGGAUAUCUGAAUUCUGUUUUGUCAUCUACAAGCCAGGUUUAUGCUGAUGAUGCACCCGUUAGCGGGGGUGGUCUCAGUCAGAAUGGAAAAUUCAGCUAUGGGUAUGCAAGCUCUCCUGGAAAAAGGGCUUCUAUGGAGGAUUUUUAUGAGACAAGAAUAGAUGGCGUAGAUGGAGAGAUAGUGGGUCUCUUUGGAGUAUUCGAUGGUCAUGGGGGUGCUCGUGCUGCUGAAUAUGUCAAGCAAAAUCUAUUCAGUAAUCUGAUCAGUCAUCCAAAGUUCAUUUCUGACACCAAAUCUGCUAUAGCUGAUGCAUACAGCCAUACAGACUCAGAAUUCUUGAAAUCAGAAAAUACCCAGAACAGAGAUGCUGGAUCAACUGCUUCAACUGCCAUCCUUGUUGGUGACCGUUUGCUGGUAGCGAAUGUUGGGGAUUCUAGAGCUGUUAUUUGCAGAGGAGGCAAUGCUAUAGCUGUUUCUCGUGAUCACAAGCCUGACCAAACUGAUGAGCGACAACGGAUUGAAGAUGCUGGAGGUUUUGUUAUGUGGGCAGGAACUUGGAGAGUUGGAGGUGUACUUGCUGUUUCUCGUGCAUUUGGUGAUCGCCUUUUGAAGCAAUAUGUUGUUGCUGAUCCAGAAAUUCAGGAGGAAAAGGUUGACAGCUCUCUAGAGUUUCUUAUUCUUGCAAGUGAUGGAUUAUGGGAUGUUGUCACGAAUGAGGAGGCUGUUGCAAUAGUUAAACCGAUCCAAGAGCCAGAGGAUGCAGCAAAGAGGCUGAUGCAGGAAGCAUAUCAGAGGGGUAGUGGAGAUAACAUUACUAUCGUCGUCGUACGUUUCUUGGCCAACCAUGGGGCAUCAUCUCUUGGCAGCUCUGGUUAACUAAAUCUUCUCAUAUUCUGCUGAUGUCUCUAGUUCCCUUCCUACCCUGUGAAAACUGAAGCAGUCGGGAACACCAUCGUAAAUGCACUGUUUGAAGAACAAUACAAACCUUUAACUUACCUCUUAGGUUAAAAUGUACCUGAUAAUGUAACUAGUUAGAAGUGCGUGUGCUUAAAAAUCGUUAGAAAACUACCUUUGUAUUUUGGAUGUUGUAUGUGCAGUCUAAACAUCUUCUUUCUUGGUACUUAAAUGUGCAAAUUGCAAAGUAUACAUAUGCGGGUCAUAGCAAUUAUACAUAUCAGGUCUAUUUUUCUGCUGGUAAA